AAUCUUUUGUAUGUAGCCUGUAGUAUGUACUGUUAAGUCUGAAAAUAAAUUUCCACCGCAUGACACACAGCAAUAUCAAAUAUUGCCAGUGAUUUUUUUUUAAUUUAAUUUUUAAGAGAAAUUAUUAAAAUAUAAUUUUAAUAAAUAUGAGAACUGGUCGUCUAAUCAAUACAACACCAUUUUUAUGGGACCCUAGUGUAUGUAAUAAAUUGACUAAUUAAAAAUGAAAAAAGUAAUUUGUUUCCUAUUAAAGUGUAAUUUAGAUAUUUAAUAUCGUUAAAUCUGCAUAUGAAUUCGAACUUGUUUUAGACUUUACUUUAUACCCAAGUGACUGUACUUUGUAUAUAAGUGUACCUCUGAUUUUACAAAAUAUGUUUAGUUUGUCUGGUUGCUUUAACAGGUUAAUAAAAUUAAGUUUGAUAAAUUCAUGUUUUUCUGAAAAUUCCGAGACGUCUUUUGCUCCAUACUGUUUGGAAUUAUUAAUGUAUCAAACAUUUGUUGAAGCAAACAAAGUGCAAACCAAAAUUCUUACGUAUGGCAGACGGAUACAAGACUCCCACCACAAGAGCAAUGAAAUCAUUGUGGUCCUAUUAGGAAUCCCGGGAUCGGUAGGAUUUUACGAAGCCUUUGCCAAAGCGUUAUUUGAUAAGUCAGGCAUACCUGUUUGGUGUAUUGGACAUGCUGGUCAUAACUUUCCUCCUAAAAAUUCGAAAAUACAGUUUCCGCCAUUUGAAGAUCACCUGGACUUAUACUCUUUAAAGGGACAAAUUGAACAUAAGAUAGAUUUCUUUAGGAAAUACGUGCCAGCGGGUGCCAAAGUACAUCUUGUAGGGCAUUCAGUUGGCGCCUAUAUAGCUCUUGAGAUAUUGGACCAUCCAGAAGUAAAAAAUAAAGUUGAUGAUUUGUACCUGUUGUUCCCUACGAUAGAGGGCAUGGCAAGCACUAGAAACGGAAAACAUUUAAAUAAUUUUGUUAGACCGCUCCAAUCGGUUCUGGGUUUUUUAAUUUGGAUAUAUGUUAUGCUACCAAAUUUUUUAGCAACUAUAUUGGUUUAUGUAUACAUGUUAAUAAUGAAUAUUCCUAUAAAGUUACACGCGGAAAAUAUAAAAGAGUUCCUUAAACCCGGCACCACUAAGAGAGCUUUGUUCAUGGCAUUUCAAAAACUAGAUUACAUGAAAGAAAGAAACAGCGAAGUUAUUAAGCGAAAUGUUAAGAAAAUUAAAUUCCUUUAUAGUAAAUUUGACCAAUGGACUGAACCAAACUGUUGGAUUAAACUCAAAGAAGAUAUUCCGGAAGUUGAUGUAGAAGUUACCUGUAUCGACCAUACUUUCGUUUUCUAUAAUAACGACGAUGUUGCUGAAAAAGUUAUAGGUUGGAUUAAAUUAAGAAAUAAGCAAACGAUCAACUAAAUCACAAAAAAGUGUUAAUUAUAUAUACAUUUAAAAUAGUCGCGGCUAUGUUAAACGGUCUAGCCUACAUUAUAAAAUUUAUAUUUAAAUAGACCGAUUUCUAUUGGACUUUGUGUUUUUCAAUUAUUUACAACUAAUAAUUAAAACCUGAUGCAAAAAUAAAAUUGAUAUGUUGUCAUAUU